CCUUAAUUUGCAUCUUCAAGAUGCAAUCAUAUACACGACACGUUCUAGUUGACGGUGUCCCAAGGGACGCCGUUCAAUUUGAAUUUGCAAAGCAAGCUUUCUUUGUAGUUUUAAUUACUGCUUCCUAUGACGAAUGGCUUGAGUUCUCUAGUCAGACAAUCGACAGCAUCUGGCUAUAUGCACUACCAUCUGCCGAUGUGCAGAACUCGCAGCCAAAUGCAUGGAAGAUCGCAAUCGAGUUAAAGAGCACUAAGAUGGUUACAUUAGAGUUAUAUGACACCAAUGAGGCCUGCGGUACUGUCUUUUUGGUCCGUACAUAUACCGACGACCCGAAUGCUGCCUCACUAAGUGGCUGGAAGAACCUUACCAGCAACAGCGUCAGCCAUGCUGGCCGUCGCAUCAACGCAGGCGUAACGCUUAAGGACAUUAUCCUGAAGGUCCAAGCAGUGGGCCUGUUAACCUACCAGCUGAAGGACGGCCGUGGCCGUCGCUUCUGGGCUUCCAUGGUGCUUUCCACCAUUGGACAGUUCAUCUACGAACCUGUAUCCUAUAUGCUAAUGCACCGCGAGGCAGAUGAAUUGAUGAGACGCUGCUGGGUGCAGCCAAACAAGGCCGUGAGCGGAUACGGCUUCAAGGACGAGCCCGACAACCGGCUCAACAUUGCAGAGGGCCAGUGGCGCCGCCCUUCCACCCAACGAGAAGGAUCAUAA